AUGCAGUUUUAUAUAGAAUGUCCUGUGUCGAAAAUGGCGGUGGAAGAGAUGCGUCAUGGCAUUUCACCCUUGAAGCAUGUAAUGCAUCUGAAGGGAGUGCUUUCAACCAUACUUUUCCACAGGACGAGCGGUUCAAUAGUGCCAGCUAUGGAUUGUGAAGAUGCACAUUGCCGGUUCCCGGUAUUUAAGAGCGUAGACAACAGCGAUGGGCAAGACACCUCAGACACCAUGAAUCAGAAAAUUGACGAAUGCAUCAAGGAGUUGAGCAUGUGGUUUGCACAGUUUGAUGAAAGUCGGCUGAAUAAGUUGUCGCCAUCGCCAUCCAGGGAAAAUACACCAUCAGAGGGCAUCCCUACUUCGUUCAACCCGAAACCCGCAUCUUCGAUAACUUUAAAACUUACGCAAAGCGGUAGCGAAUGCUCUGAGCCCUGGGAAACAUGGACUAUCGCCUCGCAGAUGACCAGCAGCUAUAGGAUAGCCAUCGAAAACAGCGGGUCGUCAGGCUUAGAAUUUGGUCGGUCAAACCACUUCGAGCGUUUCCUCAUAAGUCUCGCAGCUUUCUGUUACGAAGUGGGCAUCCAGCACCCGCCACAACAGCUCGGACCACCGCAUAUAGACAUGUAUGUCGGGAACCCCGAUCAAAGCGAGACGGGGAGCGAAUUUGACCGCUGGAAGCGUUUUAUCAAAAAAGUGCUCCAAGCUGGGUCUGGACAAGACAGUGGGGUCGUUUGA